AAAGGGGAACUGUGCGGAUGUGAAAGGAACAGCGUGCAUGUUGACUGUGUUAUUCUUGAUGAUGGAGGAUUUCUUUUGAUGUCGAAUCAGGAGGAAUAUAUACAAGAGAUUGGAAAAUUCUUUGGCGAGAUUGACCCUGGCCUCAUGCGGAGUCUCAUCAAUAUGUCACUGUAUGCCUUUAACAAGUCUUAUGACUAUCAGUCGGUGUGUGACCCGGAAGAGGAACCUAGGCAAGGUGCUGGUCUCCGCUCUGCAUACGUGCCUACAAUUGCCGAUAUUUUACACCUAGGAUGGUGGGCGUCUGCAGCUGCUUGGUCUAUCUUGCAGCAGCUCUUUUUGGGCUUGACAUUUCCACAUUUCCUUGGUGCAGUGGAAGUAGAGGAAGAAGACUUCAGUGCCAUCCCAUCGAAACAGAGCUGCAUAACGGUCCAAACUCAGUACUUCUUUGAGAAUGAUGUAAAAUCAUUUAAUAAUAUCCUAGACUGUGUAAACUGUUCUAGACUGUUUCAUGCUGAAAAAAUUUCCAAUACAAACUUAGUAUUCAUUAUCAGUGACAGCAAACAGAUGUGCCGUUACUGUGAUGCAAAACCACUCAUGCAAGCAGAAAAGCCGGAUGAAGGGCCUAACCCCUGUGAAAUGGUGCAGCAGCCAAGAUACAGGAAAGGACCUGAUGCCUGCUUCGACGAUGAUGCUGCGGAAGAUUCAAGAGACUGUGGUGGGGUCUCUGGACUCAGCCCCUCAUUAUGGUCAAUGGUAGGAAUACAGUUGAUCCUGCUCUGGCUGUUAUCCGGCAGCAGACAUUGGCAGUUAUGACCCUAUCUAAACCAAAAUCUGCAUAACCAAUCAAGAUCCUGCCAAAAUCUUAGCCUCCUUGCCAUUUCACGUGGAAAAGGGGGUCUGUCUGCUCAGACUGCAGAUGAAUGGCAAUGUCCAUUACUUGAUACCUUGUUUGGGGAAGACUCUGAAGGCACCCACCGUGAUUGCAUGUUGGCGUGUCAGAUCUGUAGAUGUGUGUGAAUGCUGCAUCAUCUAGGUCAUCAGAACUGAAUUCUAUGUGUGCUGCUUUAUUGAGGAAAUGCGGUUUUUCGUAGUUUUGAAGACUUUUAUGUAAAGGGCUCCCCUUGAAAGUUUUUUUCAUAAUUUCUAUUUUAUCUUAGCUUUGAAUCAGUUACACUCUUUAUUCUUUAAAACCAAUACUUGGGGGAAACCCUGUCAUUUACUUUAACGCUCUUAUUUAGAACACUGGCGUUUUAUUGUCUGUUUCAACAUCACUUGUAUCCAGAUUGCAGAAUAGACUUCAGUUUCAUACAGAAUGGUUUUAUUGAAUAAAAACACUGGCUAGGCAUCUACAGAGGUUCCACCAUAACUUAAAAUGCCUUAUGAUGAAUUAUAAUUUUUUCUGCUAAAAGUACUCAGAAUGGAUCAUCAGCUAAACUUGGAUUAGGUUCAUGAAAUGCAAAAAUGAAAUGAUAUAAUCCUGAAAGGUUCUUGAGAAUGUUAUACUGCAACAGAGAAGAUGGUUUUCAUCUCAAACUCAGUAUCCAUUCCUCACUGCACAGUUCUUGGCGUCCUCAUCAUGAUUCCUGUGAUCAACAGAGCAGUUACUUACUGCUAGCCAAGUCCUCCAAAAUGUUCAGAUGAAAAGUUUGUGAAUAAAAAUGUCUUUGUGGAUAUUGAAUGUCGGUUUCCAAGGGUAUUUUGCAUGAUGAUGAAGCUAUUGCUUUGCUGUUUUAAUUUUUUUAAGUUUGGAGAUUUUUUUUUUUGUUUUCUUUUGACGGUAGAGUAUUGUUUAUUGAAAAGGUAACUGAGUGAUUCUUUUGUUGUGUGAAAAACCAAAUAUUGCAGUGUGAUGCAAUUUAAUCUUAAAUUAUAUAUUGUUAAACAAGUAUCUGAAUAUACUGUGCAAUGUGAACCCUGAAAAGAGGUAUGGUACAUUUAGUUGUCUGCAAGAGAUUGGUUUUAUACAGACAAAAAUACUCAUUUAAAAUCCCCUGUACAUGUAUUUUAAGGAAAUUAAAUUACAUGCACUUAUUUUUGAGGUGUAUGUAUGCUCCAAGUUGUACCUGGGGAAGUUUUCCCACUUAGUACCUGAAUGUAAAGUAUCCAGCAUUUCUUGUUUUACUUUAAAAAUAACAUGCUGAGAAUGCUGAGUUUCACCAAAAUGGUAGCAAAAUCUGAACAAAUGGGAAGGCUUGAAUCUCUAUAGAUGUGUAGUGAUACUUGGUUGUGAAUAGGGGUUUUUAAAACUGUUUUAUACAAAUCUGGUGAGAAAUCAGAUCACUGGGUAAAUUAGGUUACAGUACAGAAUACUGCAGCACAGAAUAGAAUAUGUUAGUCUCAUUUUCCCCUGCUUUUCAGAACUAGCCGGUAUUGCAAGACAGCUAAAUCUAUGAAUGUACAACUUUGCUAAUAUUGUGCAAUUCUUCUGAUAGCUGCAAUAUGCAAUUAUUUUCUUUUCAUGAUGGCACCAUGUUAAAAUGAAAAAUGCUGACAAAUGACUCUAACUUUGAGUACAAACUCUUAUGGAAUGGGUUAACACAUAGCAACUAUUUAUUUAAACAUCAAUUUUAUUGGUCACUUGGCUUUAAAUUUGGAUGUCUACUAUUAGUCAUACCCUGCACUGAAUUGUUUUCAAGUAUCCUUGGCUCCAUCUUAGCUUUUAAAAUCAGAGAUGGCAGAAGUGUGGAAACUGAACAAAGUUCUUUGUUUGAAAAUACAUGUGGUCUAAAGUAAAAGAACAAAUGGAAAUAAUUCUGCUUAAUUCUUCGGGAAAGGGAAAUGAUUUUAAAAUGGCAGGUGAUGGAUCAUGAAAGAGACCACCCCUUCUGCUGCCAUUGCUGCAGCUUUGUUGCCUUUAGCCAGUCAUAAAGUCAGGGUAUUUCUUUAUAUUCAAGAAACAUUAUCUUUAUGAUGAUGGUAUUCAUGGGGUAGUAAAGUGGGUUUAGCAUUUUUAGAUUUUGACGGGCGUGUUUUAAUUGGUGUCUUAUUUUCAGUCACUAGAAAGAUUGGUGGCAUGUCAAGUGCUGCGUUUCAUUACUUCUACUUUCUCAGUAAAUGGAACAGAUCUUCACUAUUGUCUGGAUGGUGUCAGGAGUAAGCUUGCAUUGUACUGGCUGACCCCAAUUUUAAAUUGUGCCUUGGAAGGUUAUAGCUAUAGCAAGUGGUACUGAGAAGGCAGUACCCUCAGAAUUCCUUUACUGGGUAAGAUCAUUUUCCAUUUUGUUCAGCAGAUGGACACAGAUGCUUUUAAGGAAGAGUGACCAGGAAGGCAUGAUUGAGACGUCAAUCCCUUUUGUUAGUCCCCAGCACUUUAAUAAUAAAAUCACUCUGAUUAUCCAUAACAUCUGAACAUUCACUCAAAGGAGAGGUCACAAAAAACAUCUUCCCACUCCUUCCUCUAUCCCAUUCAGUGUCCACCUCCUAGGAUGAACAUUAGUGCUGAACCCAAAAAGGCAAUGCUUUUUGCCAUAGCUUUCAGUGAAAGGUGGGGGCUCAAAAAGAGACAAAAGUUUAAAAUGUUCCAAGUGCUCACACUCUGAAUUAGAUUUGUGGUAUCAUCAUGUAGCCAAUCUGAUUUACUGUCUGGGCAUUGUGACAGCGUCAUGCUUGCUACACGUUCUACUAUUGGCUGAUAUGACACCACAUGAAGAAGCCCCUACAACAAGUGGUGUAGAAGGAGCUGCCAAUGGGCAGCCAAAAUUUCUGAAAACAAAGGGCAAAAAAUGUUGAGAUAGAGGAAGGGUUGGGGACAUUUCUACCCCGGUAAAUGCUGUUUAUACACUUUAAAAGUCCCAGUUGAGCUCAGCCCUAGAUAACCGAGGUGGCCAUUACUAGAUGGCAAGUUAUGGUGUGAGUAUAAUUAAGUGAUGAGGAGUGUAUUAAGUGACAAGAAGAAUCUUACCACACUUCCACAUCUAAUCGGAAAUCUGGGGAGAUAGAGGAGUAGUAAAAAUUUUCCUUUCUACUUGGUGAGAUGUUGUAGGCAACUGGUUCACCAAGCAGUUACAGGUCACUUGUAUUUACCAAAGAAAGGAGCUGGAGAGACUCCUGAAAAGCAGACUAGAGAAUCCACACUAGGCUAACUGUUGGCCACAGAAGCAAACUCCUUGUACUGUCAAACAAAUGCAUAUGUGUACACAUGCUAGGCAGGAUCUGGAAGAUGUCUGUAUUGAGGAAAGUCAUCUUCUAAUGAAAAAAUGUUUUAAAGAAUGUUAUGUCUUAGAGGCAUCAUGUAGCCAAUCUGAUUUACAGUUUGGUAAACCAGGAAUGGACAGCAUAAGCCCUCGUGGCCACAUUCAGCCUACCAAGGCUCCCCCCCCCCCCCCGGUAGUCUUGCACUGCCAUCCUGUGGCAAGGGGCAGCUCAUCAGAGGGCCACAUUUUGAGAGGAAGCCUGUUCCAAGGGGGUAACCCUAUGUCAGCUUGGUUGUGCCUGUGGCUUUGUGUCACCUGUUUUUAGUAGCCCUUUUGAAAAAUACAAGCAGCUGGCCAUUGAUGGAAGGAAGCAGAAUCCAAACCUUGAGAUUUUCCAUAAUGUUCAAAUAUUGGAUUUUGGAGAUAUUGGAGAACUGAAAGAUCCCUCGUAACUAUGGCUUAGAUCCAAACUACCAUGAACAGAUGCCUUCUCAUGGAGCAGGGAUCCUCCUACUUUAUUCCCAUUAGAGUCCUUUGUUGGCCCCUCCAGGUACACUGUUUGUUGGGAAAGGCUCUGUAACAGCAUGCUAUCUGGGGGCAACAAGGGGCUGUAGCUGAAGGGAAAUCAGGCGUUCGCCCUGCUGCUUGCACACCCAAUUAUUUGAAUCCCUACCACAGUCCAUGAAAUAGGGUAUUCAACCCCUCAACCAUCCCACGUUUUCACUGAAGUCACCCUAUGAAUACUGAAAGUAUAUCUCUAAGAAACCAUGUAUGUUGAAAUUGUAUGUGAAUUCUAUGUCUUGUGACCAGACUUGACGUUAAUCAUCCUUUUAAAAGUAAGAAUUGGUGGGAGAGGUUCAGAUUAUAUUACUCUUGCAUAUAGCAUUUAUGACAAAGUAUAUUGCUGUUUAUGUCACUCCUUCCUGCUCUGCUAAGGUACAUAGAGGAGCUCUUUCAAUGGGUUUUGUUUCUGCUCCAACUAUGAACCCCUACUGUAUUGUCUGUCUGUCCACUAUUCCUGUCAUUCUAGUUCUGUUGUGAGUGAAAAAGAAAGCCAAGUAGCUGGCAGAUAGAAGAGUUUCACUCUCCUUCUUUUCCAUUGGAACAACCAGCAUUACUGCCAAAACACUGAGUGUGAUCCAUAUUUGUAUCAGGUUUUUAACAUAACAUAUAUUUCACAAGUUUGACUGAGGAGAUUUUUAGGUCUUGUACCAUUAAAGAUUUUAGUAUGAUCUCUUUACAUGUUUCUAAUGCUUGAGGCUUUAUUGCUUAAACUUGAUGAUAACGAACAGUGUUGCUGCCAUUUGUAAGUUUUCGUAUAUGCUUCCUUUUACUGACUUUAAGCACUGGCCUUAUGGGGUUCAAAUAGGCAGUAUCCCUUUUUAAAGUGACCUUUGCAACCCAAGUGUUACUUGCUGUUUUACAGUUUUCAGGAUAUUUUACAAUACAUGGAAAUGUUUCAUUCCUCAUCCCUUCUGUCUCAACCCUUGGGAAGAUCAAGCCUAGGUUUUCAAUCGGUUCCUUUGCCACAUGGUUGCUGCUCCCCCAUGGUCAACUCCCACAUUAUUUGGGUUGCCCAGAUCAUGUGGAUACUUCCCACAUUAGUCUACAACCUCUCCAUUGAGGUGUCAAUGGAAGGUGAAAUUCAGUUCUUUUCAAGGUUGACUUAUCAUCUUACAGUAUCAUUUUUACAUGGUAGGUUCACAGAAGAGAAGCAUGUAGGAAGUUUUAAUUUCCAUUCAUAUUUUCAUUUUAAAUCAACAGACUUGUGCUUGUGGGUUAUGGUAAAUUGAUUGCAGUAGUAGCCUCUUAUCCUCUGUGAGGGCCAGCCAUAUUCUUGAGUUAGAAGUCCAUCCCUGCUGCCAAUUCUCAUCUUAAAAAAUCCUUUGUCAUCCUAGCAGCUAAGAACCAAAAUAGACAUGAUGGAGAUCAUAAAUCUCCAGUAAUCUGGUCAAGUGAAUUGCAUGCACAUGCAACUAUGAUUUGGAUUGGGCCCACCGCUACCACCAUAUAUGAGUGUGGCACCUCACCCCCAGCCUCCUCACUCUGAAGUCAAGGCCACUCCACACCCCAGACCAACAAGGCUCAAUUGCUUUCGACUAUGAUGGACCUCCCCUCUUGAGAGGGCUACCUCUUUAUCAAUGGGUUCCUUCCCAGUGGAGAAGAGACAAUUACAAAUAACACUGCUCCACACUUCAAUCUUCAAGGGAGUUCAACAAAGAUUUAUUAAAAGUGAAGGCAAGAUAAAAGCAGAAAAUUAAUACAUUUGUUGCAGUGGACAGACAAGUCCUGUAAGCAACCAUAAAAAGUCCUUACAAUGGUGUAAGCUGAUGUCCUGACUAAGUAAAGCAGUCCUCAUUAACUUUGGAGCCCUCUCUCAUGCUGAGCUGCAAAACAGUGCCCCCACCGCAAAGAAGAGAACGAAGAAAAAAAGACUCUGUAAAUCGAUAGCAGGGAGAGAAUGGCUGGCAGGAGAGAGAGAGAGAGAGAGACUGCUGCUCACCAGGAGGAAGAUUACCAUUUACAAUCUUUCUUUAGGCCAUUGCUGCCACCAAUUAAGGCCAAAUGAUUGACUGUUAUUUACAGCUGUAGCUGUUUAGGGAGGAGAUGCCAAACCUUUAUAGGUUUACUCCAAAAGUCCAAACUAAAUGUGCUUUACAAACAUUAAGUAAGCAUCUGUUUUUAAAAAAACUGAACUACCAAAGUGGUUUAUGCUUCUAAGUUUCACUUCAAGCAUCUAAAAGGGAACAUAUCAUAAUAACAAUAUUUCCAUACUAUGGGUAAGGGGCAGUUAGCCAUUGAACAUUCCACUUAGUUUUGGUAAUCAAAACAGGGCCUCCCACACGGCUUCUGAUGAUUUUAAAGGAGGAAAGGCAGAGGGUUUUUUUUGGGGGGGGGGGAGAUUCAUUUAUUUAAGAGGCACAUCUUUUUGUUGCUGUCUAAUGCUGCUAAUACUAGCAAGAUUCAAUCAGUGAAACCUAGAGUGUGUGAGGGGUUGAAUACCCUUUUCCCUUCACACAGGCCCUGAUGCAAAUCAUGCUGCAUAUGUACACAAUUUAACUUUACCAGACUGGAAAAGAUCCUUAUUUACCACCAGGUCAGUUUGAGCCCUAACCUCAAUGUGGAAUUUUAGACAUUACAAAUGCAAUAUGGGAACUAACCACAGAGAGCAGCAAUCAUCUUCCCAAAGUCUAGCCAGGCUUAGGAUACUUCCAUAGCUGUUCAUCUGAAACAUCUACGUACUCAUCCUGAGUAAUCAAUACAAUAAUCAUCUACUCAUCCUGAGUAAUCAAUACAAGUAGGAAUUCCAAAUUGCAAACAAAAAUAAAAAACAGAGCUUUCUGUGAUAAUUGUAUCUCCAGAAUAGAGAAAAUAUUCUUAAUACUUCAGGCCUGUAACUAGGGUGUAGAUGAUUAGACUAAGUAACCGAAGCACCGUGUCAAUACUAUACACUAUGUUUAUGAGAUACUAUUACAAUACUAUUAUAAUAAAGG